ACCAAACUUUUCAAAUAUUUAAAUAAUGAACUUUAUAAAAAAAUAAUUGUUUAUUUAUUAUGAAAUUUUUAUUGUACAUAAAACCAUAUUUAUAUUAGAAUGUUAUGUUAUAACGGCAAAUUAGCAUUAUGGUGUUUUAUAGGAUCAUCAUGUUUGGUAUCCUUAUUAUAUUUACCAAAUGUUAUUUACGAUUAUGUUCCAGAAGUUUGGGGCGCAAUGUUUUGGGGCCCACUCUUAUACUACAUAGUCAUUAAUCUCACACUUAGACUGAUUAUCAAAAAUGAACCAUAUCAGGUAUCAAAAAUUGCAGUUCGUGCUACAUUUCUGGGAUAUGUUUUUGCAAUGGGCGUAUUUGUAUGGGUGCUUUGUGGCCCGGGCAUAAGAACGUUUGGCAUUUACAUAUGCGUAAUGUCUUUAUUUCAUUUCUCAGAAUUUAUAGCGAUUGCAUUAAUCAACCCAAAAUCCUUAACAGUUGAUUCAUUUGUGAUAAAUCAUAGUCUUGAAUAUGCUGUAGCAGCGAUAAGUUCAUGGAUUGAAUUUUUUAUAGAAUAUCACUUCUUUCCUGAGCUCAAACAAUUUGAGUGGAUUUCUUUAAUAGGAUUAUGUAUCUGUAUUGGAGGGGAAAUUUUAAGAAAACUAGCUAUGAUUACUGCUGAAUCAAAUUUUCAUCACGUAGUUCAAAGCACGAAGUCUGAAAAUCACGUACUAGUCAAACAUGGUGUAUAUAAAUUUUGUAGACAUCCAAGUUAUGUCGGUUGGUUUUAUUGGUCAAUUGGAACACAGAUAAUUCUAUUAAAUCCAAUUUGUAUAGUUGCAUAUGCAAUAGCAAGCUGGAAAUUUUUCUCUGAACGUGUUUUAUAUGAAGAAAUAAUGUUAUUGAAUUUUUUCGGCGAACAGUACUACGAAUAUCAACAGAAAGUUCCAACUGGAUUACCAUUUAUAAAAGGGUAUCGAUUACAAUUGUAAAAAUGAGUAUUGAAAUUCUAAUUUCAAUUAUCCUCUAAGCAUUUUGUAUUCUAAAUAGUUGGAUAUUAUUAUUGCGUAAUCUAAACAGGUUUAUUUCAUACAUUUUUGUUUUUCCCUGUCGUUUAAACUACAUUUUCACAGUAAAUUAUGUUUUGAAAGCACAAAGACAGAAUAUUUUCCGUUCGUAAUAAACGUUGAUAAGCAAUUAUUUUUACCACCGUGUGUUCAAAUAAAAUGAGAAAGUAUAUUGAAAUUAAUCGAAUAUUAAAAAAGUAUUCGUCCUCCGAAAAUCAAUACGCAAAUCUCUAGCCAAUCGAGUUAGUUUUCUACCACUUUCUCUGUAGUUGUUAUAACAAUCACAUUCUUAAAUUUUACAUAGACAUUAAAAACGCUAUUAAAUAAUUUUAGUUAUUCUUAUAUAUGGAAACAUAAAUGGGUACGCGGUAAUCGUUCUUCGAUAUCAUUUCUGUAUAAAAUGACUAAAUGGGAGAUUAUUUUUGUUUAUAGCUGCUUCAAAACCGAAUGAAUACAUUACCCUAAAUCCGAUGACCGAAAAGUUGAUCAAUAUUAUAAAAUUAUUAUUAUAUUAUUAUAAUAAUAUUAGACUAAAGUGAAUAUCAGGAAUCAAUAGUGAAUCCUUUAGUUUUAUAUGUAAAUUCAAUCACCUUUUGUGUUAUUUCAAUAAAACUUAAAUUUUAUAAUUAUUUAUUUGUUUUGAAUUUACAUAACUAAAAAAUUAAAUUUUACUGCAUGCGCUGGAUUUUAAUAAAGGUAUCUCCCUUAUACUAAGUAGCUAUUACCUGUGCGCAAAACUACAAAUCCCUUUAAUAAGAAUAUAUCCAACCCUUUUUCGAUACACAGAAUAGUCACUCUAACCUAAGAUACAUUUUAGAGUCAAUUUUUAACUUCUAUUUAAUGUGAAAAAAGUUUUAAGAACGAUCAUACACUCCUUAAUUUUCCGACUCUAUCAUACUUAGUAUAUUUCAAAAUAUGUAAGAAUAAAAAGUAAAUUCUGAAAUUAGUUUUAUUUAAAUUAUUUUAACGAGAAGAAGAAUAAACAGAAUAAUAUUUGCUCAACGAAAAUUAUCUUUAAUGGCAUUAGUUUUGAAGCGACAAAUUGAAAAGUAAACAAAUAACAUUAUGUGCGUAUCUUAACCAUCGAUAAAAUAUAGUAGUGGGAAACCUUAACUGUGUUUAAAUGAGUUAAUCUAUUCUAACUAUUAUCCAUCAGUCCAUAAUAAUUUCCAAAAAUCGCAUUAAAACAUUACUGUCGAUCAAUUAAACAAAUUGAAAAAUUUGUUGUUUUGGAAUUUAAAAUUUAAUU